AUGAACAAAGAAAAUUAGAGUUCUAUAUCCUCACCACAAAAGACUGAAAGUCAUAAUAUCAAAAACAAGAAGUCAGAAGUAUACAAAGCAAGUUCUAAAUCAUAAAAUGAAGAUGAUAUGCUAAUCAAAAUGGGCCUGAAAUAAUUGAUUUAAAAACUAUACUCAUCUUUCGAGUAUGAUAAGAUUUCCCUUAAAUUUAAGGACAAAAUGUUGGAAUGUAAAUAUCAGAAAAGGAUGCAUGAAAAUGUCAAAAUAUAAGGUCUUCUUAGUUUCUACUAGACUAUAAUCUUUCUACUGUACUUUAUUGGAGCUUAUCCAUGGAUUCAUCUCUAUUAUCUAAACUAGAAAGAUUAUGUAUUUUUUAUAAUUGCAAAUAUUGCUCAGUGUGCUUAUGAGUUGGUAUUAUAUCUACUUAGCAGAAAAUAUUAACGUGUUUCAUUAUAUUACCCAAUGUUGAUAAUCUUGGUCAGGCAAAUACUCUGUGCUGAAUAUUCCAUUUACAUUAAAACAGAUAUGGGCUUAGUAAAUGAAUUGCAGCUUGUGACGUUUGGAAUUAAGAACUUAUUUGAUCAAGAUGAGAUUAAUCAAGAUCUAAAUUAUUGUGGCUCAACAGAAGAUGACUGCAAAGUUCAAAUUAUUUAAAAAAUGAAAAGGUCGCUAGUAAAAGUUAAUAAAAAUGGCUCCAAACAAGAUUAAAGGCAAUAAGAAAUACACGGUGAAACUAAUUGUAAAUCUUUUGUUGUAACAACUAUAAGAGAUAUGUCUCAUUGGAUAGAACUGGAAAAGCAAAAGAAUUUAACUUUAGCUAAAACAUAGGCAUUUGCUUCAGCUGCUCAUGAAUUCAGAAAUCCAUUAGGGGCAAUCAUCAACUCACUUGAUAUGCUUGAAAAUUCUAUAUAACAAGAAAAGGGCAAAAAUUUUUUCUUAACUGCUAAAAACUGUUCUAAUUUAAUGCUUUACUUAGUGAAUGAUAUUCUAGAUUACAGCUAGCUUGAAUCUCAAAAGUUAAUGCUGAAUAUACAAUGGAAACGAAUAAGAGAUAUUCUAGACGAGUGUAUUAAUAUACUUAAGUUUAGAGCUGACUUGAAAAGGAUAAAGCUUUGUUAUGAGAUUAGCAAUGAUUUCCCAUAGAAAAUUUAAACAGAUGAGCAUAGAUUGAGACAAAUUCUCAUAAAUCUUAUAUCUAAUGCUAUCAAAUACACAAGCUAAGGACAUGUUAUUCUUCGAUGUAGCAGAUAAUUUGAAAAUAAUCUUAGCAUAGAUGUCGAGGAUACAGGAGUUGGAAUAAAUCUGCAAGAUCAGGAAAAACUUUUCAACCCUUAUUACAAAGACUCUAAAAAUCGUAACUUGAAUAAGGAAGGUUGCGGUUUAGGUUUAAUUAUAAGUAAGAAUUUAGCAUAAGCUCUUCAAGGAGACAUUACAUUAAAAUCUUAACUAGGGAAAGGAUCUACAUUUACCUUAACUAUUCCCAAAAGGAUAAAUGCCAUUGAAUCAGAAGAGCCUGGUACCCCAUAAAGUUAAAUUAUUAAAUAUAGAGUAAGAAGAAGAAAAAUCAAUAACUUUGAAUAGUCCAUUCAAUAGAAAACUAUAAAAUUAGACUACAAAAUAAGACAUUCUUCGAGAUAGAAGUCAAUUUUUAGCAAGAAAGAUCUUAACUUUUAGUUUGAUAUGCCAUUGUUCGAAGUUAAAAGUCUAGACCACAUUCCUAGAUUUGAAAGAAACUUUGCAAAAAAUUAUGAUACAGACUUAGAGUCUAAUAUAUACAGAGACUCAAAUUUUCUAUAAAAAGUUCAGGAGUACAUUAAGCCUAUGAAAUCUAAACUAAUUCCAAGAUUAAAAGACACACAUUAAUAUGAUUCAUCAAGAAAGUAGCUAAUAGAUGAUUCAAGAUAAAUUGAAAAUGAUUCCAUCGAUAUAGAAAUGAAAAUAAUAGAUGAGGAGAAAUGCUAAUGCUCAUAAAUUUUAAUAGCUGAUGAUGAUCCAUUUAAUAUCGUUAUACUAGAGGGAAUGUUGAACUCACUAGGCAUUUAUAAAAUUGACAAAGCUUUCAAUGGCUAAGAUGCAUAUGAAAAAGUUUUAUAAGAUAUUAAGAGCAGCAGAUAAUUUGAUGGCAGAAUGUUCUCAAAUCAAUAGAGUAAUUUUUAACAGAGUAAUUCAUGUCCAUCACACGAAAACUAUAAAGUGAUAUUUCUAGAUAAUAAUAUGCCCAUUCUAAGCGGUAUUGAAGUAGCAAGAAAGAUUAGAGAAUAGCUUAGAAUUUUAAAUGUAUCACAACAGAUCAAAAUAUUCUUGAUUUCAGGCGAUAAUAUCAAUCCUGAAGAUUUAUCAUAAAAGAAUUUAUUUGAUUAGAUUGUCACAAAGCCAGUUUCAUUAUCAACUAUAAAAAACUUGCUUAGCUUUUGA